AUGGCCAGCUCGCAGGCGCGUGUUUUGCCCAAGCUCGACAGAUCUGCGGGGCACACUUUCGUCCAGCCCAGCAAACGCAUCAACGAGGGGCAAGAUGUCGCCGAAUUCCUGACGUCCAAAGCCUACGUCGAUAUCAUGACCUUUCUCUUGCAGCUAAACCGAUCCUUAUUUCCGACGAAACUCCCCGAGGGACGAGUCCAGACCUGGCCCUUGAACAGCGACGCCGUCGAAUACUCCGCACCAGUUCGGCAGCUACAACAGCUACUGUCAAAGCUCGAAGCAAUCCUAGAAGAGGCUCCCCCUGAUACUGGCCCACGGAGAUUUGGCAAUGUCAGCUUCAGAAAGUGGUACCAAAUAGUGGAGAGCCGGGCUUCAAGCCUACUGGAGGAGUGUCUCUCGACGGAUAUUCUGCAAACGCCAUCAUCGAAUCCGGGUGGGCCAACAGCAGAGGUAGAGCUUGUCUCAUAUUUUCUGGGUAGCUGGGGGAGUCCGCAGAGACUGGACUAUGGUACGGGACAUGAGCUGAGCUUCCUGGCUUUCCUAGCAGGGAUUUGGAAGCUCCACGGCUUCCCCGAGAAUAGUCCAGGUGUGGAGGAACGGGCAAUCGUACUGGGUGUGAUUCAACCGUACCUCGAACUGGUGCGGACCAUCAUCAAGAGAUAUACACUCGAGCCCGCAGGCUCGCACGGCGUCUGGGGUCUGGACGACCACUCAUUCAUCCCCUACAUCUUCGGCGCCGCACAACUCGCACCCGCCUUAUCAGAUUCAGAUCCAGUCCCAGAAGAAGGCUCGCUCCCGGACGCCCCAGCGCCCGGCGGAGUCGCCAAGGCCAACAUUGUAGAGCGAGAAAGAGGAGAAAAUCUAUACUUUUCAGCAAUCGGCUUCAUUUAUGAUGUCAAGCGAGGCCCGUUUUGGGAACACAGUCCGAUGCUGUAUGAUAUAUCCGGAAUCCAGGCCGGAUGGGCUAAGAUCAACAAAGGAAUGAUCAAGAUGUACAACGCCGAAGUUCUUUCAAAAUUUCCCGUCGUGCAACAUUUCCCCUUCGGGUCGCUCUUUAGCUGGGAUCGGGAUCCCAAUGCUGUUGAGCCUGUAGCCACGGCUCACACAGCAGCGCCAUCACGGCGGCCGGAGGAGACGGUUCCGUCGGCGACACAUCCCGCAGGGCCAGGAACUAGAGCUCCGUGGGCGAGUGUAAAGGUUCCUGCACCAUCGACGAAUCUUAGAGGUGUCCCAUCCACUCUGCCAGAGACGUCGCGGCUACCUCCAGGCCCGAUGGGCCCGACUCGGGCUCCCUGGGCGAGUGCGCAACCAGGACCGGCCCCCUUGAGUGAUUCAGAAUCUGCGGGACAUGUGCCGACGAAAGCCCCUUGGGCUAAGCGAUGA